AUGGUGAAGCAAGAGUUGCAUUUAGUUGAAUUUAUUCCAUAUUGUGAUGCUGUUGGAGCUAAAUCUUUUCCAAUAAAUGAUCAAAAUGAAAUUGUUGAAAUUUUAAAUAAACAAUUUCAAGAUGUGUUUACCAUCGAAAAUUCUACGGAAGAGCUUCCACAAAUCGAGAAUUUAGGGGAUAUUAUUAUUGAUGCAGUUAAUAUAGAUUAUUUUGAUGUUUUAAGUAGAUUAAAACAUGUUGAUAUCAAUAAAACAUAUGGAGUUGAUUCUAUACAUUUGUUGAUUUUGAAAAAUUGUGCGGAUUCCUUAGCAUCGCCAUUAACUUUAAUUUUUAAAGAAUCUUUUGUUAAAAAUGAACUACCAACUCAAUUGAGAGCAGCAAAUAUUACAACACUAUUUAAAAAGGGAGAUAAAUUAGAAGCUGCAAAUUAUAGACCACUGUCAUUGACGUCAAUUACUUGUAAAUUUAUGGAAGGGAAGUCUUGUACAACAAAUUUAUUAGAGGCGUUGGAUUAUAUUUCAUUUAAUUUAUCGAUUGGUAUUUCGGUAGAUGUAGCACUUUUAGAUUUUGUUAAAGCUUUUGUUUCUGUUGCUCACUAA